AUGUCGUUCAAUCAAACUCAGCACUAUAACGUUCGUCAGAACAGUAAUACUGUUGCAAAUACUAAUAGCAAUAAUAAUCCAGUUCCUAAAGGCAAUGUAUUGUACAUGGGUGAUCUAGAUCUUAGCUGGGAUGAACGUGUAGUGAGCCAGAUCUGGGCGUCUUUAGGUGAGCCAAAUGUCAGUGUCAAAAUGAUGAAUAGGUACUGUUUCAUAACGUUUCUUGAUUCUUUAACUGCAAGUAAUGCACUAUUGAAAAAUGGUAUGCUCAUACCCGGUUACGGAGGCAAGAGAUUGAAACUGAAUUGGGCUCAAGCAAGUAGUAAUGCAUCCAAUGGUUAUUCGAUAUUUGUGGGUGAUUUAUCACCGAAUGUGACGGAAGCGCAGCUAUUUGAUUUGUUUAUCAAUAAAUACGCAUCUACGGACCAUGCGAAGAUUGUUUAUGACCAAGCUACCGGUGUAUCAAGAGGCUAUGGAUUUGUGAGAUUUAAUAGCCUCAUGGAUCAACAGCAUGCACUUUUAGAAAUGCAAGGUAUAUUUUUGAAUGGGAGAGCAAUCAAAAUUGGUAUGACAGGUAACAAACAAGGGCAAUUACAAGGACAGCAGCACCAAGGGCAACAGCAGCAAGAUUUCAAAGUGCCGAUACAAAGUAACACACCAAUGAACCAGUCACAAUUUAUGUAUCCAGUACAGCAACAGCCUACUUUAAAUCACUUUACAGAUCCAAAUAAUACCACUGUCUUCGUUGGAGGACUGUCAUCGUUAGUCACCGAGGAUGAAUUGAGGGAAUAUUUUAAACCAUUCGGUACCAUUGUGUAUGUGAAGAUCCCCGUGGGUAAAGGAUGUGGUUUUGUUCAGUACAUUGACAGGGUAUCAGCAGAAAAUGCGAUUUCCAAGAUGCAAGGGUUCCCCAUUGCGAACUCGAGGAUCAGACUAUCGUGGGGCAGAUCUGCCAAACAAACGGCACUGCUACAACAACAAUUAUAUCAGCAACAACGCCAACCUCAAUUGGUUCAACAAAACUAUAGUUAUGUUCCUCCUCCAAUGAAUGCGAAACCCUCUAAUAACCAUAACAACUAUUAUUUACCGGGAUUCCAAACUGCAGAUGCAAGUUCAUAUAGUAAUGAUGGCGAUAAUAAUGAUCAAGAAAAUAUAAAUGUCAAUGCUACGACAAACGCGUUUCAAAGAUUAGAGAGGGGCAGCAACGCAUCAAUGUUUACUUGA